UUGUUUAUUCAUUCAUCUCUCGACAUUCAAACUGUUCACAUGUAUUUUUAGUACAAAAUUUAUAAAUUCCGAAAUUUUUGGUUUAUUUUUUUAUUUGCUGCUUUGCUAAAUUUUAGAAAUAUUCGCAGUUGCCGCCAUGGAUGGUUUCAACAACAAUAACUACUAUUAUAAUAAUAAUUACAACAACAACUAUAAUCAGAGCCAAAUGAACACUAACCGGAAUCCACAAUGGUCAAAUUCUGGUCGCCGUGACGCCUGCUAUAACUGCUCCAAUGGCUCUUGUCAACGUGUUGGUGGCGGAGGCGGCAGUUGUCCCAACCCCAACUCAUCCUGUUGUCCUGGCGGUAAUUGCUGUCCGGGAGGACAGUGCUCCUAUAACCGUUCUGCACAAUAUAAUCGCUCAUGGAAUCCCAAUGGCAAUGGUCGUCAGCAGUAAAGGUCUUUAAUAUGUGUCGGAAAUAAGUGAAACAAAAUAAAAGAAAGCAAAGCAGCAAAUCAA